AUGAGGAAUGUGAAAGCUAGAAUGGCCACGCAUCAGGUGGAGCUAGGCGCUUCUCUGCACCAAGGCGGCAACAUCCGUCGCCUAUCCAGACGCCUCGCUGAUCCUGCCCAAUCCACCUGGGCGUCACUGCACAUAGACCUGCUCGAGCUGAUUGCCAGUUGGGUACUUGCCAGCGACCUGCUGGACUACAUUCGGUUUCGUGCAGUGUGCUUACGAUGGCGUGUCAUGACUCCUUGCCCACGCGGUCGAGGCGUGGUCGACCCGUGCUUCCAGUCACGUCAGUGGAUGAUGUUCCCAGAGGGUGGCGGGUUGUACCCGGGCCACCCUGGACUACUUGGUUACGUCCGCUUCUUCAACCUCUCUACCGGUACCUUCGUUCGUGUCAGACUCCCUUGUUUCAAAAACCACUCUGUGCUUGACUGCCCUGACGGCCUCCAUCUCCUGCGGCACAACAUGACCACUGCCGUCCGCCUCCUCCACCCCUUUACCGGCGACGUCAUUUUGUUCCCGCCUCUUUCCUCCAUCCUCCUUCAGCUGGCCAAGUUAGGGUGCUUCAUCAGUGACUUUAACAAGAUUCAACACACCCGGUUUGUCCGCGCGUCUGUCUCCGUCAAUCUGGUUGGCACUGUCAGCAUGAUGCUCGCAUUGACUAGCCUUGAUCGUGUGGUGUAUGCAUCCACCGGUAACCGGCAGUGGACUCCUACGAGCUGGAAAAUGAAGCACUUGUACUCGGCAUUGCCAUUCGGUGGCAGCCUCUAUGUGGUGGAUGGAGGGUGGGGUCUCGAACCAUCGCGCAUCCUGCGCAUCGAUCCUCCAGAAGAUUCCAACCCCUCCUCAUGGUCAGUGAUACCACCGCAAAUGGUCACCCAAUGUCCAGUGGAACUGUUGAGGAUGCCUCAACUGGCAGAGUGCAACUCCGAGCUGCUUUUGGUUGGCUAUGACAAUAGACACUCAAGGAUUGUGCUUUUCUGGGUUGCUGACCUUCUAAAGGGAGUCACCACCAUGCAACUGACAAGCAUCGGUGAUCAAGCCAUCUUCAUCGGCGGACGGAACAUGGUUGUUAACUCCAAGAGCCUGCCAUCCGUCCAGGGGAACUCCAUCACCAUUUUCAAUGAAAUAGGUGGUGGUCUUGCAGGCAGGGGAACUCUACCGCUAUACGAUCUUGGCAGCGGUACCUGGUCACAGGGGUUUGACGGACACUUUCUCGAGAGACCCAUGCCUAGGCCGUACAGCCUUGUCCUCCACGUCGCAACCUGCUGCCAGCGCCUUUUCUGGAACAGUGGGAAAAUCAUGUGUUUCAACACAGACGUAGGACUAGGAGCCGAGGAGUGA